GAUGCGCUCUGCUGUCACGUUGUUACGUCAGUGAGUGGCUCGCCUCAACCGUUCGAUGUUGGCGUAUCUUAGCAACAGGCGUAAACAAAAGAUAAGUGGAAAAGAUGGCGACUCGGAGUGAGGGAGAAGCCGCUGAUUAUCUCCAGAAACACAACUUUAUGGAGCUCUUGCAAGACCUGGCCAGCAUGCUGUUCUUUUACAGACCUGAGAAUCCCAGAGAGUUUCUUAUUGAGCAGCUGAAACAGCAGAAGUUUUCUCAGAAGAGUGGCGUGAAAGGGCCAACUCUGUUCAACAACGACGACUUGGCUUCAGUCUUUGGGAUACUGGACCCCGCCAAAAAAAAAUAUAUCACUUUUGCCCAGUACAAGCAGGCUCUGACCACACUGGGAAUAAAAGACAUCAAUGAAUGUCCUGAAGGUGUAAAUGAAGACAGAAUAUCCUAUGAGACCUUCAAAACAGAAGCGACUCGAGGCCUGCAGAGAUGCUCAGCAACAUACGAACAGCUGUGAACUUUUCUGUUUUCUUCCUCUCAGCUGAUGUGUUAUUUAUUCCAUCAUAUACUGUUAUAUAUGCAUUUGGAUGUUGUCAUUGGGACUGGGCUUUAUGUGGAGAUGUAUUUAGUAUUGUAAAUAAACUGCUCAUGUUAAUAUGUAUUCUGAUUCAGGCAGUUUCAGUUUAAGCCAAGUUUUGCUAUUCUUUUUACAAAAAUGCAUUUAUUGUUGUGGAAUUUCUUCUAAAAACUGCAAGUUGCCAUGCCUCAAGUAAUUAACCACAUAUGGGUGCAAGAUGUUAUGAGACACAACUGUUUAUUAAGAGCUAAGAUAACAGAGUACAACAGGUAUGAUGCAUUAAAAGGCAUUAAAAAGUG